AAUCGCCGAUCAGUUGGCGGACUCGCUGGUGUGUUUCGUGGAGUAAUUUACAGAACUCUUUUUUUUCUCAGGUACAUGUUGAAUAACAAAAUAUGAAUAAUUCUAUCUGCAAUCAAUGAGAUCAAUGAUCUCUUGACGCUUGAUAGUUAAUCAACGAUUGAUGUUAAUUGCAGAAUUAUUUCAUCUUUAUUGUUCGAAUACUAGACAAGGAUAAGUGAUGCAAACAUUUAAUGAAAUGCAAAAUUAAUUGAAGUUCGAUUGACAUUGGUCGGAGUUAUCUUCUGAAAGAAACCAUGGAGGAAGAAGACGACGAAAAGAUUUCGGUCAUUCUGGCUAAAAAAAAGAUGAGAAAAUCUCUCACAUAUCUUUAAAUCGGAUCUUCGUUAGAUUACUGUUGGAUUUAAAACGCAUUAAAAAUUCGGAAAAAAAAACAACACUUGAUGAAAGUUGAAAAACGUAUAAAAAGAGUGAUGAAUAAAAUGUUCUAUUUCUAUCUAUCGACGCCUCAGCACAGCUGAUCAUCAGAGAAAUUCACUCUAAUUUCUCCGUCCAAAUUCGCAGCGCCAAUGCUCAUGCGCCAAUUGCAUCAGCUGUUACAUUACCCGUUAUCAGCAAGUCCGAGUAUUUUAUUUUCUACAUUAAAAAGAGCAAGGCAUCCAAGCUUAAAUAACGCAGAAAUAAUGGUUUGAAAUCUUUUAUUGUCACAUAUGUAUAUAAGAAAUUGUAAAAGAAUUAUGACGGAAUUAUCUGAUGUCAAACGAUGGGAAUUAUUAUCAAGUUAUCCUUCAUGUCGUGAGUUUGUGGGAAAUUGAGAAAGGAUCUGAUUUCCAUUUACUAAGCUAAAAUAAACCAUUUAAAAAGAUAUGAAGACUGAAGGUUUCUCACCUAAAGCACAUGAGUUGUAGAGAGGGGACAAGUAUUAUUUCUCAAAAGACGUCUUUUCUUACAUAUAACAUGCACACGAACGAUUGUACGCAUAACGGUUGAUGUAGCUGGAAAGUACGGAUGUAGAGCGAGACGUGACGCGUAACGGUGAUCAGUCCGAUUGAAGAGGAGUUCCUUAUGGACGUAAACUUGCUGAGACUCCAUGUGAAAAUGUUACUCGAAGCGAUAGUGGUUUGUGUUCUUAUUAUACUCAUUACCACCGCCUAUUUUCACAAAUCGUGCUGGUAUUGCCAGUUGCAAUAUUAUUACAUCGGGUUAGUGUAUCAUCUUCAUGAUAUAUUCAACAUCAAGAAUAAUAAGAUAAAUUUAGUUUCAAUGCCGGAUAAAAUUGCAAUUGUAACUGGCGGUUCUAGAGGUAUAGGAGUGGAAGUAGUCAAGAAAUUGUUACAAUGUGAUAUGGAAGUUAUAGUCGCUUGUAGGACACCUUCCGCGGGUGAAAAGAUUAUUUCUGAAAUUAGGAAAUCUGGUAUUACUAAUGGACGAGCAAAGAUUUAUAAAAUUGAUAAUUCUUCUUUUGACUCGGUUAGGCAAUUUGCUGAGCAAAUAAAAAGGAAUUAUAAUAAAAUUCACAUAUUAAUCAACAAUGCUGCUAUUAUGUUUCCUUCUGUUUAUCAGAAGACAGAAGAUGGUUAUGAAGAACAAUGGGCGAUAAAUUAUUUGUCACAUUUUUUACUAACAUCUCUCCUUCUGCCAUUAUUGAAAAACGGUGGACAUCCUAACGAUUGCAGUAGAAUUAUUAAUGUCACCUCAUGCGCCCAUGAUGUCGGCAAAAUAGAUUUUGACUACAUUAGUAACAAUUCCAAGAAAACAUUUUGCACUUAUUCAUCAUAUGGACAAAGUAAAUUAGCACAGACUAUGUCCACGAUAACAAUGCAAAGACUUUUUGCAAAUAUGUCAUUGAAUGUGCUGGUGUAUUCCGUACAUCCAGGUAUAGUGAAAACGGAUCUAUUCAAAGAGACUAUACUGGGAAAUAAAAAGUGGGCUAUGGCUGCAUGGAAGACAUCUGAUCAAGGAGCUACUUCAAUAAUAUAUGCUGCAAUAAAUAAAGAUAUUGAAAAAAAAGGUGGGAUAUUUAUUAGUAAUUGUAUAGAAUUAACUGUUCCUUUGUUAGCGCAUGACGAAAGAGUCCAAAAACGAUUGUUUGAACUGUCUUUGGAACAAGUACAGUUAAAAGAUUUUUUCCAAUAUUUGUAACGAAAAUAUAUAACAUCACUUAUUC